AUGCACACUCCGUGCGCGCGCGCCGUGGUGGGCCGCUAUUCUUCGCACCCCCCGGUGCUCACACUGCUGUUGCUGGUGCUGCUGUGCUGUACCGCCGGGUGCCUUGCCACUAUUCCCCACCACUCCAUGUACGGUGAGACAAGUCAGAAGAACAGGCCAACUGGGGUGGUGCGGGAGAUACCCCGCAGAGGGCAGGGCGCCGUGCAGGCAUACACCACCAGUGCGGCCAUCGACUCCAGCGACUCCAAAGAUAACAAGAACUUUGAACCUAUCCGCAUCAAGGCAUACACGAGGGACCUGAACGACCCCUCAAAGUACUGCACAAGGGCGGGUGAUUACUGCGAUACACCCAGUUAUAAUAGGCAAUACUGCCAUCACAGUAGUGUGCUAACAGUGAGGAAGAGAAAAAUAUUGGUGGAGUGGUCUAUUCCCGCGGCAAUUAAACUCCACACGGACCGUCUCCUUGUGCAUCGAGCUGAAGGUAUUGUUAAACUUCGAAGAGAAGAUGUUCGUGGACAAUGCGGCUGGUACAACAUCCCCGAGGAGCACUAUACUGAGGGUUUGGGAGAUGCCGAUUUGCACGUUUACGUCAGCGCCGCAGCGUCAGACAGCUACUCGAGGGAGUUUACUUGCCAGAGGUUGAAGAAUCACCGUCCAAUUGCUGUUGCCAUCAACUUGGAACCCACUUCUGUGCUGGCCACUGAGCAUCAUAUACGUACAGUUGCACAUGAAAUUGCACAUGGUCUUGGUUUUGAUGGCACGACGUUUGCUCAUCUCAAGAUGAUUUCUGCCGUUGAAAACGAUGUGCGGGGCAAGCCCCACGUGUUUCUGGUAGUGUCUCCUAAGGCAAAAGAAGUAGCACAAAAGUACUACAACUGCAGCAAGGCCCCUGGCCUGGAGUUGGAGGACCAGGGUAACAGUGCUCUAUCGCACUUUGAAAUGCGCAACGUUCGGGGUGAGCUGAUGUCACCUAAAGCCCCUGGAGGAGGAUCCUACAGCGCACUGACACUAGCAGUUUUUGAUGACAUGCCAUUUUACAAGGCAAAUUCCUUGGUAAGGAUGUGCUACCUUAUCGUGGUACCGAGGUUAAGUACUUGA